GCUCCUGAGGAUGUCACUAUUCACAACUAUCCAGUAAGUUGACAAAAGUUCCAUAAUUUAUCAUGUAUGUUAUUUAUUAGGAAGCAAGGGUGGCACAGUGGUAAGAGGACUUGACUUCCACCAUUGUGGCGGGCUGGUCAAAUCCCAGCAUUGAACCCAAGUGUGAGUUUGUUGUUGGUUCUCUCCUUUGCCCCGAGAGGUUUUCUUUAGGUAUUCCGGUUUUCCCCGUUCCUAAAAAAUUCCAAAUUCCAAUUUGACCAGGAAUCAGGUGGAUGGAGAACCACAGAGUGGGUGUGCUACCUCUUUAAAUCUAUUAUUUAUUAUUAUCAUUUUUUUUUUUUUUUACUUUUUUUUAUAAGACAUUUCUUAACAAACAUAUUGCUCUUGAUACUGAUGUAUUUUAUCUCUCUCAUUAUGUUUUCUGUUAUAAGGCAGUUCCUGAAUUCCAAGAAAAAGAGAAGGUACUGGCCUGGUAGAUCAAUGCCAAUUAGCAGUCUAUAAAGAGCUGCUUUAGUCUAGUUUUGAAUAGUACAAAAGGGUUUUAGUUGGAUGUUGUAGAGAAAAUGUAUGUUGAAUAUUGCAAGGUUUUUUAAAAGAUAAUAGUUGACAGUAUUGUGUGACUACCCAUGAGUACAUUUUUUAAAGAAUUUAUUAUUGUGUUAAAUAUAAUUAUAGCAGCUAUUGGAUGAGAUUCAUGAGUAUGAUCUGAACAAUAAAAUUAUACAGCUAAAUCAGUAAUGCCAAUUCUGCAUUUAAUUUGCAGGUGAUAUUAGUUUUUCCAUCUGAGGUGAGUGAAACGUUACAAGAUUUAAAGAUGUAGAUGUAUGAUCUUGUGUCUUACAUGUACAGCUUCAUGCUAGCCUUGGCUACACAUGCCAGUCCACUAUAUUUGGAGGAAAAAAACCAGACUGCUCACAGUCUAUACUAGUUUGGCAGAUUACUGUUUCAAGUGCUUGUUUUGACUGUAAGUCAUUUUUAUCUUGUUGCCACUGGUUCCUGGUUCUUUGAAAAUGAGGAGGGGGCUGAUCUGGAAUGUUUGUAAGCCUGAACACCAAGAACUGCAAAAUGAAAUAGAAGAAGACAAUAUACUUGUAUGUAAUUGACCUUGGUUCCCUCUAUUCAGGGGCAUAGCUACAGGUAAAAUUAAUUUCUUCCAGAGGUAUGCACAGCUUCCAAAUCAACCCUAUUCUGUGUUCCAAGUGUUUCACUUAAGACUUGAUUAAAUUUUUGUUUUGUAUCAGGGAGUGUGGUAAGGCAAUCACCUGGCUGUUGGUCUUAGAAUUAUAGCCUUUUUGCAUGUGGCAAAAUCAGGAAAAAACACCAACACAUUUUGUUAUGAAAAGGUUAUCUACAAGAAGUUAAAAUAGAGAUACAUACUAGGCAACUGCUCUUUUUUUCAGCUAUCCCUUAUUUGCCAUCUGUUUCUUUGCUUUUUAUUUCUCUUUUAAUUUUGGUUAUAAUGCUUCAUGUAUGGCACAUUCAAUAUACAGUGUACUGGCAUACAGCUGGCUAUGUCAUUGCAUUUUGAAUACACUCAGCCAGUGCAACCAAGCUCUCCAUUUCAAAUGGCAAGGAAAGCAAGGAGUGCAAGAAUGACACAAACAAGUGGCAAAGCCACAAGGCCUAGGGCGAAGCAUGCUAACUUUUCAUGAUAUCCCCCAAAUGGGGAGCUUGCUCACAGGCGAGAGUACAGGUACACUAAAAUUAAUAAAAGUAAAAUAAAUCUAUUUUUGUGUAAAAUUAUGAUACAGAAGUUGCAGGUUUUUUAAUCACACAAUCUGCUGGUGUCUCAGGAUGCUUUCUCCCUCAAAAUGAUUGGUCAAGACCUUGACCAACAGGCAAAAGAGCUGUCAGAUGCUAACAAAACUGCGCUGUUUGAAAGAGUUGUUUUUAUCGACAGUACAUGGCAACAGUGUCACCAAAUAAUAACUGUAAGUAAGUUGUAACUACUGUGUGUUGUUGUAAGUAGUGCAGUGAAGUCCUGCCAUUAUAAUAUUAAUACAUCCAUAAAUGAUCAGUUAAGCACUGGGCCACUUAUUUCAUUUUCCCUGUUAAAGGUGUGGCGCCUAAUCGAGAGCGGUGUGUAUUUCAACUAUGGGUAAAACACUGAGAGGAAUAUAGAGAGAAGUGAGUGAGGCAUGUACUAGGUAAACGCAAUUCAAUACAAAAUUAUUUCGAAUGAAACACAGUUGUUAUCCUAAAAGUGGUUCUCAGUCUCCAUGAAAUUAUUGCUGCUCAAAUAAAAGAGCUAACAUGAACACAGUUUCUCAGUCUCUCUGAAGGUUAAAUCAUUUUCCAAUUGUUUUUACCUCUUGUAAGCGACCACUUGACGCAUUCUCUGACCUCUAUGUUCGCAGUGUGCACUAUGCUAAGUACUUAGAACAUACGAAUAACUAACUUUUGUGACAACAUGGAACUACAAAUAGCGUAACUUAGAAAUUGCAUGCAAAAAAUUUUCUUCCAUUAAGUAGAUGUGCCCGGACCUCUUCUAGGAAAAGGCCCCCUGUGGUUCGAUUAUUGUAAGUGACCACCUCCCGUAAGCGACCACUCAGUCUUUGCACUUCCAGAGGUCUCUCACAGCAGAGGUCUCUCACAACUUGCCUCGUCGUGAGAGACCUCUGCUAGCAGGGAAUCUUUGCACUUGGGUGGUCACUUACGGGAGGUUCGACUGCAAUUCACUUUGCUAGAACAGCUUUAAAAAACAGCUUUUGGUAUCCCAUGAAUUUAUUAGGAAUUUUAUGCAAUUUUUCUUUCAGUGUUUCUAAUCUGAAAUGUAAAUUUGCCCCAAAAAACUUCACUUGCCUGUUAGACAAUCAUAAAAUCAACUAAUCCUGGCUAUCUGACACAACUUUCUUUGCCACCAUCAAACAAAAUGCAUUUUUCCUUUUCAGGACAAAAAAUUAGAUGGUCUCAGAAGGGUCAAACUUGAAAGUGCUGUGACACAUUUUUGGAGGUAUGCAAUUGUAAAUUGAUGCAGUCUGUAGUGUAUUGAAUUGAUGCCAUUUAUUUUAAUGUUCGAAAUGUGCUGCAGACUAAUAUUUGGAGAUUCAUGGAGUUGUUGACUUCUUUAGGCCCCAAAGGAAUAAACCAGACACUUGCCUAGCAACCAUUGAAGCAAUUUAUUACUUCUUCAAGGAAUAUGAACAACAUAUUUUAAAAAGGUACAUGACCUUUAUUCCCAUUAUUAUAAUUUUUUGCUCUUACUAGUAAUGUUUUCAAUUCUGAGUGCGAUAGAUUUUUUGGAAGAAUAAUGUAUUUACUUGAAAGCAAAUGUAGACACUGACUCAAAAAGGAAGUUCUGCUACUCCAAAGUGUUGUACCUGCAAAAAAGCCUAAGUUAGGACGCAGAUUGUACCAUCCAUCUACACUGCUGUUCCUUGCAGAAAAAAAUUGGCAUUUUGAGAAGAAGAGGCAAAUAUUACAAGACUGUUCCACUUGUAAUAUGACAUGCAGAUUUAGUUCUCAUGUGAGAAUACCAUGCCAAUCCAUUAGUACAACAAAUAAUUAUGAAUACUAGUUUAAGGUACAUAUUAGGUACUGUAAAAACUAGUAUGAUCAGGGGAACCCAACGUCAAUUUUCGGAAAAUAUCUGUUCGGAAGACGAUUUGAGAUCUAGAAUUUUCGGAACAUUUUUUGUAAAAUUUCUUGCUUGCCUACCUCUCCUAGGAUUUUCGAACAUCUAAAAAUUGGUGUAAUUGCCCAUUUUUAACGGAUUUUUACCCUAAAAAGCUCACCUAGAAUUUUCGGGAGCCUUUUUAGUGGCUGAAAUUUUCGAAAAGGUAAGUUUUGAUCCCUUUGAUUUUCGGAUCUCGAGACUUUCAGCUAGGAAAUCCGAACAGAUGAAAAAUUUGUAGGGGAUAAAAAUAUGCCUACAUCUACCGUUUAAAUACUAAAAUACGUUUAACAAAGCUAUGUUUUAAGUGGUUUUGAACUAUAUUCUCGUUGGGUGCCCCUGUAUGAUUAAGUGGACUUCAUUAAAUAGAGUUUAGCAUCAGUCUGUGAAGUCCCAUAUAAUCACUACUCACUGUUAUUAAAACUCCACUGACUACAAAACCAGGAAAUUUACUUCCCAGAGAGGCUGGUUCUGGGCUAUCAUACUUUUUCCUUGGCCAAAAGGAGCUGUUGAUUCGAGGAUAUUAAAAAAGAUAUAAAAUCGCUUCCACCGUACAGCUCUUUGCAAGCUUCACUAUCCUGACAAGAUGACCACCCUGGGUGAAAACUAAGACUUCUAAGGGCCUGUUUACAUACAAGUGGGGGAUCUUAGGUAGGUGAAGAAGGUAACCGGCCUGUCCAUAUAAUCUCUCAUUUUUGUUUGAUCACGUUUACGUGAUAGGUGGGGUGACCGUAUGAGAGAUUAUAUGGACAGAAGGGUUACCUCACCUUCAUGGGGUCCCCCUCCUCAAUGUAAACAGGCCCUAAAUUUUGCAGAAUUAUAAUACAACCUCGUCCCCUGGGCGCUUUUCCCUGGCUUUGGUACCUUUUCCCGCCCCUCCUCCCAAGCCAGGGAAAAGCGCCCUGGGGACGAGGUUGAAUUAUAGUUUUAAUAUUAAAGACCUUCAAUGCCAAGAAUUGUUUCUUUCAUAUAACAAGUGCAAUGCAAUAUAUAAGCUUAUCUACAACAAUCACUGUUCUUAUUGAUUUUCUUAGAGAAUAUGAUGGAAAAUUUGACAAUCUGUUGUAUUUCUUUGCCUUCCAAUACAACUUGAUACAAGAAGAACAACUAAAAAGGCAA